AUGCGUGCAUACUUCAUCCUUCUUUCCUUCCUGGGCGCCAUGGCACUGGCUGCACCUACCUCCCUUGAGAAUGCUGCGAACGUCAAACCCGACGAGGGAGCUGGCAAGGAUGAUGUGUUUGUCGCGGAUGGAUUUUAG